AUGUGUCCAAAGAAAGAAUUAAACAGAACCAACAUGACAGAAGCAGAAAUCAAAAAACUAAUCGAAAUUCGCAAUAGGAACGACGUGAAUGAGGCAUACAAAGAGACAGAUGGGAAAAAGAAGCUGAGAGGCAAAUUGUGGAAUAAAGUGGCUUCUGAAAUUUGUCCUUCUCUUGAUUCUGAUGCUGUUAGAAAGCGAUACAAUACGCUCUUCAGAGAAUACAAGUUGCAAAGGCACAAAGCUCUCGAAUCUGGUGGUGCUCACCAAGGUGGAAGUAUUACAACUUGUUCUUUGAAAACAUUAAGAAUGAAAAAGAGAUGUACAUGGAGAAUGUACAGGAAUUAG